AUCAUUCAACUCACUCCACAAUAAAAUAAAGUUCACAAUAGAACAUGAAACUAAUCAAUCCAUAAAUUUCUUAGACCUCACAAUUGUGAAUGAACAACAAGAACAUAACUUGUACAUUUACCGAAAACCAACCUACACUGACAUCACAAUACAUGAAUCUUCACACCACCCGAACACACAUAAGUAUGCUGCAUUUAGAUCAAUGUUGAACAGGGCACAUACAUUACCUUUAAAACCCAAAGCACUAACACAAGAAAUAGAUACUAUCAAAACAAUUGCAAUAAAUAAUGGUUACUCUGUAAAAUCAAUUGAUAAACUAUCUAAAAAAAUUCAGACCAACAUCAUCCAAAAAAACACUGAAAAGAUAACUACCGACACAAAACAAAUCUUCACAAGCAUUCCAUACUUAGGCACAGUAUCACAAAAAAUAGCUAACCUAUUCAAAAAAACCAAUAUUAAAAUAUCUUUCUCCACAAACAGCAAACUUGGAUACCACUUACCUCACACAGUGAACACAAACAAGCCAAUAACACAACACAGUGGAAUAUAUAAAUUACAAUGUAACAGUUGCCCUGCAUUUUACAUAGGAAAAACUGGAAGAACCUUCCACACACGGUAUAAAGAACACACCGACGCCUUUCGACUAAACCAUUUUGAGAAAUCUACAAUAGCUAACCACAUGUAUGUUAAUAAACACAGACUUGACAACAUCCACAACAGCCUAACUGUACUUCACACAGAACCCAACAGUAAAAAACUUAGCCUACUAGAACAGUUAGAAAUAAUGCUACACAAAGAAAAAUAUCCUCAAAACUUGUUGAAUGAACAAACAGAGUUUAACAGCCACAAUUUUUUCUACACAUUUAAAAGUUUAUUUUUUCCUGAGGAAUCAAAUCUAUAAUAGUACAAACAGUUGACAGCCUACAACAUGGUACCAAAUAAUUAUUUUAAUACUACCUGUGUACUGGUAAUACUAUAUCAUAUUAUCUUCUGUGACGAAAAAAAAAAAAAAAUCGAUUAUAUUUAGAAGUAGAAUAUCUGUAUGAACGAGAAUCUUUGGCAUGUUUAUGUUCUGCUAACACAAUGUGCAAAAAAGUGUGUGACUACCUAUAUAUACCAGUAUGUACCGUAAAAUUAAAGAUGUGUAUUGUGUAUACCAACUGGACAACAGAAGCAGGCAAUAUACAAUGUUAACUGCAAACAACUAAAACACAUGAAGUAAAUCACUAAAAAGCACCUGAAGAUGAGCCUCCAGGGCUCGAAAUGCAUAGUGCAAUAAAUAAAUGCAACUUGUGACUGAAGGCGGUUUGUUCUUUAUUUUACGAAAGUAAAACAGUCGCGGACGAAACACUGGUAAACAAUGGAUAAAAUUAAGUUAUAUUUGCCUAGCCAGGCAUUAAGAACAGUGUACUCAUUUAAAAAUGCGAAACUUAAGCUAACAAAAGUGAUUUGUAGUGUCAAAUUUAACAAAGAAUGUGUAUCUCAUGGUUUUAUUCCAAACUACAUUAACAUUACGAAAAAGUGGCGUUCACAAGCAGCCAGAAUAGCUACGAAAAAAUUCGAGAACAACUGGUUACGUACAGAAAUCAAACUACAGCACAAGCAAAAAGAAGAACUUAAUAGAGCUCUUUACCACCUACAUUUAGAGUUAACUAGCAUACUCCAUCCAUUAGAAAUGUAUUAUGUAGAUGAAUAUGUUACAACCCUGUGUACAAAAGUUAGAACUACUAUAACUGAUAAACAUUCAAAAAAACUUGAAUCCCUUAAAGAAAAAUAUGACAGUGCCCAUAAUAAUGUAACUUCUAAAACACAGACUUUCUAUGAAAGAGUUAUCAACGAAACCAACAUUAGCUUCACAAACACAGAACAAGCUUUACUGAACAAAGGUCUUAAACACAAUAUUAAACCAAAAUUUAAUCAUCAUAAUUUAAAAAACCUCAUUGUUGAUACAAAGAAAGCUGCAGAUAUGGCCAACCUGAACCACAAUGAACAGAUUGUCUUAGCACAUAAAGUUAAUGAAAUUAUCCAGAAAGAAGAAAAGAAAGCAAAACAACACUCCAACCCAACUUUUGAAGAAAACAAAGUGCUGAAACAACUGAAACACAAACUCAAUGAACAUGAUGCUCUUGUUGUGAAAUCAGAUAAAGGAAAUUCCACAGUCAUCCUUUAUAAAAAUGAUUACAUUACUAAAACUCUUAAUUUUUUUGCAGAAAAUAACAUUACUGAACUGAACCAUGAUCCAACCACUAAAUUUCAGAAAAAAUUGAAGAAAAUGCUUAACCAAUGUAACUUCCUGCUGUCUGAUAAACAAAUAAAAGGUUGCACAUUAAUGAAUCCCACUGCCCCCAAACUCAGAGCACAGCCAAAGAUCCAUAAACAGAACUCUCCAAUUAGACCAAUUGUUAACUCCAAGAACACACCUGCAUAUAAACUCUCACAGUUGUUAAAUAAUAUCCUCAGAGAAUUUUACACUUUUGAAACCACAUACACAGUAAAAAAUGCACACGAGUUAACAACACUCAUCAAAGACAUAAAAAUCCCCGGAGAAGCUAGAUUUGCCUCAUUUGACAUUGUCAACCUGUUCACAAAUAUACCUGUUAAAGACACAAUUGAAAUUAUUAGAAAAAACCUCAUCAUACACAAAAAACUAACCAUACCAGAGAUUACAGAGUUGGUAGAUCUACUUGAACUAGUACUGUCCCACAACUACUUUUCAUUUAAUAAUAAAAUCUAUCAACAGAAAGAAGGCUUAGCUAUGGGUAACUGCAUGUCAAGUUUCCUAGCUGACAUUUUCAUCAACCACUUAGAGAAUAAGUUCUUCAAAGGAGAAAAUAAACUUGUUCAAAAAAUUGUAUAUUACAAGAGAUAUGUAGAUGACACACUACUCUUAUUUGAUGGCACUAAAGAUGAACUUGAAGAACUCCUCACAUCAUUCAACUCACUCCACAAUAAAAUAAAGUUCACAAUAGAACAUGAAACUAAUCAAUCCAUAAAUUUCUUAGACCUCACAAUUGUGAAUGAACAACAAGAACAUAACUUGUACAUUUACCGAAAACCAACCUACACUGACAUCACAAUACAUGAAUCUUCACACCACCCGAACACACAUAAGUAUGCUGCAUUUAGAUCAAUGUUGAACAGGGCACAUACAUUACCUUUAAAACCCAAAGCACUAACACAAGAAAUAGAUACUAUCAAAACAAUUGCAAUAAAUAAUGGUUACUCUGUAAAAUCAAUUGAUAAACUAUCUAAAAAAAUUCAGACCAACAUCAUCCAAAAAAACACUGAAAAGAUAACUACCGACACAAAACAAAUCUUCACAAGCAUUCCAUACUUAGGCACAGUAUCACAAAAAAUAGCUAACCUAUUCAAAAAAACCAAUAUUAAAAUAUCUUUCUCCACAAACAGCAAACUUGGAUACCACUUACCUCACACAGUGAACACAAACAAGCCAAUAACACAACACAGUGGAAUAUAUAAAUUACAAUGUAACAGUUGCCCUGCAUUUUACAUAGGAAAAACUGGAAGAACCUUCCACACACGGUAUAAAGAACACACCGACGCCUUUCGACUAAACCAUUUUGAGAAAUCUACAAUAGCUAACCACAUGUAUGUUAAUAAACACAGACUUGACAACAUCCACAACAGCCUAACUGUACUUCACACAGAACCCAACAGUAAAAAACUUAGCCUACUAGAACAGUUAGAAAUAAUGCUACACAAAGAAAAAUAUCCUCAAAACUUGUUGAAUGAACAAACAGAGUUUAACAGCCACAAUUUUUUCUACACAUUUAAAAGUUUAUUUUUUCCUGAGGAAUCAAAUCUAUAAUAGUACAAACAGUUGACAGCCUACAACAUGGUACCAAAUAAUUAUUUUAAUACUACCUGUGUACUGGUAAUACUAUAUCAUAUUAUCU